AAAUCCCAACAAGCCAUGACCAAGUUCGUGGUGGUGGGCCUGUGCCUGCUAAUGGCCUUUGGCCAGAUGGUUUCCGUUUCCGCCGUAACCGAGGCUCCAGAGGUGGAGCAGUCGACGGAGUCUCCCAUCGCCGAUAUGGCGCUGAUUGAUGAGAUACCUACGGCUCCCAAAACGCCUACGGAGAAGCCACCCGUUGUCCAGGAUGCCCCCAUUGCCAUUCCAGUGGUGGUGGAGGCUCAGGAGAAGUCCGCUCAGAUUGCUCCACAACCACACACUGUGGCUGACUUCAUUAUCCACCCGCUGAUCGCCUUCAAGCCGCGUCAGGCUUCCCUAGAGGAGAUCCAGGGCAAACAGGCACCGUCAACACCUGGAGCAAGUGCACCCGCCUCCCCUGGCACAUGGCUGUUCGGCAUGAAUCCCGCCCAACAGCUAGGUUCGUCGUUCUCAACCCUGGCCGGUUCCGUUUCCGGUUGGUUCAACGAUCGCUUGGCUGCCGCUGGACAACAGCUACCCAGUUUGGUUGAGUCUCCGGUGAGGGAGUCGACCACCAGCACCAGCAGCACCACCACGACUACCACCCAGCGCCCAGAUAUUGUGGUGCGAGUGCAGCAGCGUCCCCAGAGGAAUGGAAACCGCAACGGUAACCGUAAUGGGAAUGGCAAUGGUAACUUCAAUGGCAACCUCAAUGGAGGCAACGGAGGAAACCUGAACAACAAGAACAGGCGUCGUCAACGACCCAAUCGCUUUAACAACCGUCUGGACUCGUUCGAGGAUGACUACUACGAGGACGACUACUUCCAGGGCAACCGUUUCGAUGAGGAGUUCGACGAUGACGAGGACGAGCAGAGCUUGGAGCAAUUCGAAGAUGAUGACUCCUUGGAAUUGCGUCCUCAGCAGAAACCUAAGCGCAAACAGACCCUGGUUCAGUCCCAGAAUCAGCGCAGGAAGUUCCAGCAGGAGGAACAGGUGGUCAACCAGAAGCGUCGCCAGACUUUAACCCAGAACAAGAAGCCCAAGGCCCAGAAGAAGCCAGUUCAGCCAGUGGUAGAGGAAUCUCAGGAUGAGGAGGAGUUGGAUGAUGAUGAGAACGAGGACGAUGAUGAGGAGGAGGAUCAGGUCCAGGAUGACGAUAGCCAGGAGCCUGAUUUCCAUCCAGAACCCAUCUUUGGCUCUACUUCGACCAGGCGUAGCCAGAAUCAACCCAACUUUAUCCAGCGCGGCCAGCAGAGCAUCAUCAGCCAGAUCAGGCAGUUUACUCGUGGUCAGACGCCCGGAGAACUAGCCAACACUCUGCGCAGGACCCCCGUUUCCACGUCUUCGGGGUCUUCGAAGACUCGUCGUCCCCAGCAGACCACGUUCUUAGUCAACCGCAAUGGUCAGACCGUGUAUCUGGCUCCUGAGCUUCUUAACCUUAACUCUCCCUAUCCCUAUGCCUAUGUCCAGGGUCAGACCAAGAAACAGAGGGUUCCCGUUAACGGUGCCUUUCCCCAGCCUCCCCUAACAGUGCCAGUGAGGCGUCAGGGUCGUCCCACCCAGUACAUCACCAUUCCCUGGAGUCAACUGGGUCUCUCGCCACCAGAACAGCAAUCGGUCGUCUCACUGGCCGAGGGCAUCCAGGCACAGCCCCUCAUCCUGAACAUCCCCCAGAGCGCCAUAAGCCCGGUGAGGGGUAGCAACUCGGGAUCCGCUAGUGGACAGAAGAAGAAGCGUCCCCAGUUGACCGCCUCGGCAGUGCCUCUGCUGGCCGACGCCUCACUGAUGGAUAUCUUCCAGCCACCCCAGAUUCCACCAUCCAGAACCGGAACUCCUUCCACCGGAUCCGCCAUUAAGCCCAUCUCUGCCCAACCUGUUCUGAUUGCCGCCAAGCCCGUUAAGGCCGGCGGUGUGGGAACAACCGGACUGCUGCCCACUCGCAUUCGCCCCGGAACGAUUGUGGAGAAGGCCCCUGCAAUGGAGGCGUUGGAAAAGCCCGUGGAGGCUAUCGAGGUCAAGCCAGAGCAAGAGAUGAUGGCCACAGAGCCGGCUGUACCUCAAGUGGCUGCCAGUAGCCCCGAGCAACAGGAGUUCAUUCUCGUCGGCGAUGAUGACGAGCCUGGUGUGUCCCGCCACAUACAGCCAGCUUACGGAGAUGCCCGCUAUGUGUCCUAUGGCGAUUUCCAUCCCUAUUUCGAUCUGCUCACUCAGAAUAGGCGUUUCGCUUUGAGGAAGAGCGGUAGGUCGUUGGAGAAUCCCGAGGAGCAGGUUGCCCCCAGGGCACUGACGACUUUUGGCAAGCAGCCAGCUCAGAAGGAGGAACUUCAAAAGGAAGAAAUCCAAAAGGAGGAAAUCCAAAAGGAGGAACUCAAAAAGGAGGAAAUCCAAAAGGAAGAAGUCGAAAAGAAGGAAGUCCAAAAAGAGGAUGUCCAAAAGGACGAGAUUAAGAAGGAGGAGCCCCAGCAGGAGAAUAUCAAGAAGGAGGAACCCCAGCAGGAUGAAAUUAAGAAAGAAGAGCCCCAGCAGGAGGAAAUCAAGAAGGAGGAACCCAAAGUUGAGGAGCCCAAGUCUCUGGAGCAGUCCAAAAUCCCAGAAUAAUUUUGUAAACAAAAAAUCCUCACAGAAAAAUCGAACCCAAACGAACUCGAAAUGAAUUAAUGAAGAAAACAAAGAAAAUUAUAAACAAAACCAAAACCAAACGAUUUUCAAUCCACGUGAAAACCACAAAGAAAUAAAUUUUUUUUUACAUUUUUUUUUGCGUGUAUUAUAAUGCCUGACCAAAAAGUUGAAGAGCCAGCGAAGAAGAGAGAAAACUAUAUUAGCAUAACUAAAAAUGUAUACAUU